AUGGCGCUGCCGUCACGAUUCAGUCUAUACCGGCCAUUUACACAAAACUUCCUAGUGGGAUGCAUCUUGCUCUGCCUCCCGGGCAUAUACACGGCGCUCACGGGCCUCGGCGCCGGCGGCGGCCAGCCGUCCUCGGCAGACGUGGCCAACAAGACCAACGCCCUCCUCUACGGGCUGCUCGCCCUCGUCGCCCUCUUCGGCGGCACCAUCCUCAACAUGCUGCGCCCGAAGCUGAGCCUGGCCAUCGGAUCCCUCGGGUACCCCUGCUACGUCGGCGGCCUGUGGUACUACGACCGCACCGGCAACGUCUGGUUCGCGCUGCUCGCGGGCGCCAUGCUCGGCAUCACGGGCGGCUUCCUCUGGACGGCCGCCGCCUACGUCCAGUUCAGCUACGCCCAAGAAAAUGACAAGGGCCUGUACAUCAGCACGCAGUGGAUUCUGAGAAGCAUAGGCGCCAUCGUGGGGAGCUCCAUCUCGCUCGGCCUGUCCGUCGGCCAGACCUCGCCGGUGGGCGUCUCGACGCCCGUGUACGUCGCCUUCAUCGCUAUCCACACGAGCGCCGUGCUCAUCGCGCUCCUGCUCAUCGUCGACCCGAGGCGCGUGGUGCGCCGGGACGGGACGCACAUUGCCGUCUUUGGGGAGGCCCGGCUCUGGACUGAGGUCAGGGGCACGCUGGCCGUCAUGCUUGACCGCCGGUACCUUUUCACGGCGCCGGCUCAGCUCGUCUGCGAGAUGGCGCUGGCUCUCGUGAGCAGCGUCAAUUCCCGGUACUUUAACUUGCGCACGCGCUCUGUCAACAACUUUGCCUACCAGGCGACGCAGGCGUUUGUCCCCGCCGUCCUCGUGCUCGUCCUCGACAGCAAGUACAUACGGUCCCGGAGGACGCGGGGCCUCGUCGGCAUCGCGGGCAUGGGCGCCGUCGCCGUGGGAGCGAGCGCCGGCCUCAUCGGCUGGCUGCAGGUCAAUCGGGUGGACGCGCUGAGGACGCCCGCCGGCGCCGACUGGACCGACGCCGAGUGGCCGGGCUUGUUUGUGUGCUACGUCCUCUUUGGCGCCGUGUACGCGGGAUACCAGAUGUGCGUCGAGUACACGCUGUCGGCUACGACAAACGACCCGGCGGUGCUGGCCCGCGUGGCGGGCAUGUUCAAGUUUUACUCGGCGUUUGGCAUGAUGGUCUCGUUCGUCAUGGCCGGCGAGGGCGUCAGCUUUCUGGGGCAGAUUACGCUGCAGCUGGUAUUGUAUGCUUUGGGCAUUUGUGGAAUCGUCUGGGUCCUGGUGUUUCACGUCCAAGAGAGCAAUUAUUUCUCAGAAGACAACGUUAUUGCUCCGGUGGCUGUGGAGGAGCAAAAAAGGGGCUUGGAGGCAGAGAAUUCGCAACAUGCCAAGGACGUGGCUGCGCAGAAUACUUCAUCUGUAUCUGGGCAUAGAGCAUGA